AUGCCUGGAACCACUCUUCCCCCUUUCCCGGAUGAUGUUCGAACACAUCCGCUUUUGAUUGUUGACUUUGAGCUUAUCAAGGCUGGAGACAGGGAGGAAAUCGAUCGAUUGUGGGAGGCUGCGACAACGCUCGGAUUCUGGUAUUUGAAGAACCAUGGCGCAGAUCAAGAAGCCAAUGACAUGUUUGAUGUGGGUGCAGAGACGCUGGCUUUGCCCCUCGAAGAACGGUUGAAGUUCGAGCAAGGGGACAACGGUCAAUCUUUCGGGUCUCAACAGACUGACAUAAACCCAGGCAAAUUCUUGGACAACAUCGAGUUCAUAAACGUCUCUAAAGACGAUGCGCUCGCAUAUCCACGGGUCGUUCACCUCACUUAUCCAUCGACCAUAAACGCUCGCAUGGAAAACACCGUUGCGCCAUUUGUCCGCAAGUCUCUUGACGUGACAUAUGUCGUGUUGAACAUAUUUAAUGAUAAGCUUGGACUGCCGGAGGGCACUUUGGAGAGUAUGCAUGCUAUGGAUGAGCACAGUGCCUGCGAGGUCAGAUGCACUCGCAGCCCCCCUGUGCAGGACAAGGAAGCGAUGGAAAGAGUUAUGCUGGCUGCCCAUACUGAUUUUGGCAGUCUGACCUUCCUGCACAAUCGGCUAGGUGGACUCCAAGUAAUGCCACCUGGUCAUGACGAGUGGUCCUACAUCAGACCCAUCCCUGGACAUGCUAUUUGCAAUAUUGCGGAUGCGCUAUCCAUUUUCAGCGGAGGCAUUCUGCAGUCCAACAUUCACCGCGUUGUUCCACCUCCCGGUGCACAGGCAGGAUACGAGCGGUGGUCCCUAGUUUUCUUCACCCGUCCGACCAGCUCGAAAGUUCUCCGGGCCCUUGUCGAAUCCAGUCCCAUUAUCGUAGACGCUGUGAAGAAGCAACCUGACAAGAACUUCGAGAGUGGUUCUACUGCUGCCGAGUGGCUCGCAAGAAGAGUCAGGAAUCAGAGAAUUAAUAACAGAAGGGGACCAGAUACAUGGACUGCGAGUCGUGGCACUGAGCACACUCCAACGGCAGCUUAG